AUGCUGAGAUUCAAGUUGAUGUCCCUUACCUGGCUGGUCCCACUAGUCCACGCCUCGCUAAGCGUUCCUGUCUGCUCCUCUGUGUCGUUCCAGGUCACGGCCACCGCAGACAAUGCCAUCUUCCUCUCACCGCCGAGUGAGAGCAAUGAGACCGCGGUCCUUGACUUUUUCUAUGACGGCCUCGGAAAUGGUACAGGCGCCGCGGUGAAAGGAAGCAGCGCCGUAAGUGGGACCUACAGGAUUGACGGCACGUACUGCCGCCCCAGCAUCUCUUCGAUCAGUUUGGUCUGGUCUCGGUUGGGCUCAGAGUACAACUGGCAAUCAUACGCAGCCGGCCAGGGCUACUUGACCCUCGCCAUAGACAGGCUGGGCCAUGGCAGCAAUCAGCAGCAUCCUGACCCCGUCAAUAUCGUUCAGGGCACCCUCGAUAUUGAGUUGGAACAUCAGCUUAUCAACACUCUCCGCAACGACAAAUCUAAUGCGCUUGGACGCACCUUUGACACUAUCGCAUUCGUCUCUCACUCGUAUGCCAGGUGGCUUGCAAUGGGCCUUGCCUACAAAUACCCGUCCGAUAUAAAUGCACUGGUGCUCACUGGCUUCAGCGCCAGUGUGGACUUCUCACCCUUUGUGAAUACCACCCUCGAGUCGGCCUCUCUUUUAGAACCCCUCCGCUACGGAAGCCUGCCACUCGGAUACAUCACCACUAAGGAAGAGUCUCAACGUAAGGAACUUUUCUACGCCGGCAACUAUUCCCGAGCGGUUGUCUUGUGGGACUAUUUGUGGCAAGACACCUGGACCAUCGGUGAGACGGGGUCAUUAGGUUUUACGCGGUCACCGACUGGGUUUACUGGUGCAUUGUACCUAGCAACUGGUGUCGAUGAUAUACUCUUCUGCCAGACGCCCCUGUCAGAGUGCGAGACGAUAUUGAACAACACACGUGCAGUCUUCCCUGCAGUGACCAAGUUUGGGUAUGUGGCUGUAGAAAAUACGGGACACGUCCUGAUGAUGCAUAACUCGGCGCAACAGACGUUUGCCGACGUGCACACUUUCCUAGAUCAGGCGCUGUAG